AUGGCUCGUGAAGAUGAAUAUGAUUACCUAUUUAAAGUGGUGCUUAUCGGUGAUUCAGGUGUUGGAAAGAGCAAUUUACUAUCACGUUUUACUCGAAAUGAAUUUAACUUAGAAAGUAAAAGUACAAUUGGUGUUGAAUUUGCUACACGAAGUAUUCAAGUUGAUAAGAAGACAAUCAAAGCACAAAUAUGGGAUACAGCUGGACAAGAACGUUAUCGUGCAAUAACUAGUGCAUAUUAUCGUGGUGCAGUUGGUGCUUUACUUGUUUAUGAUAUAAGUAAACAUAGUACAUAUGAAAAUGUUGAAAGAUGGUUAAAAGAAUUACGUGAUCAUGCCGAUUCAAAUAUUGUUAUUUCACUGGUGGGUAAUAAAUCUGAUUUACGACAUUUACGUUCGGUACCAAGCGAUGAAGCUAAAGCAUUUUCUGAAAAAAAUGGUGUUUCAUUUAUUGAAACAUCAGCUUUAGAUUCUACAAAUGUUGAACAAGCAUUCCAUGCAAUUCUUACUGAAAUUUAUCGUAUUGUUUCUCAACGUCAAAUUCAAGAUCGUCCAGACAUGAGUGGACCGAAUCCACCAGCUAUGUCAGGAUUUCGUCUUCCUCCAACAGAUUCUGACUUUAAGUCAAAACAGAAUGGAUCAUGUUGUUCGUAG